AUGAAAGCGAUGCAACGCGAACUUGAUGCAAAAACAACACGUUUGGGCAUAUUGGAAGCGACGCAGUAUUCCCUUUCAGGCCGCAUGGAUGCAGGAGUACACACACCAACCGGGUCGAACUUGGAUGCGUCGCAACUCCGCAGGACCAACCAUGAAUUGACAUUAAAGGUAGCACAGUUGCAACUCGAUUUGGAUGACCGUGAGCGGCAGCUUCGCGCGGUCGAACGGAUGCACACUACUGUUGGGGUCAUGCAAGGAAACGAUUUUUCCGAAAUGGCAGUGCUCAGGUGA